UUAGUACUUGGCGUAGGAACUUUAUUUCCUACUUCCUGGUCUAAACUCUGCUCAAGAUCAAUGGCUCCACUUCACUUUUCGCCGUUUAAACGCUGUAAAUAUUAGUAGAAAUGAAUACACAAGUAACUUUAUUAAAAAUCGACUACUUUUCAUAAACGUGUUUUUAGCAGAAUUUGACUAUGGCAGAUACAAGCCGCCCUCAGCGCAAGCUGUCCCGAUCUGGAGAGAGUUUAUACGAGAUAUUAGGCUUGCCGAAAGGAGCUUCAUCUGAGGAUAUUAAGAAAGCAUACAGGAAACUGGCACUGAAGUAUCACCCAGACAAGAACCCCAACAACCCUGAAGCAGCAGAGAAGUUCAAAGAGAUCAACAAUGCCAAUGCCAUCCUCAAUGACGACACCAAACGACAGAUCUACGACGAAUAUGGCUCCAUGGGCCUCUACGCCGCAGAGCAGUUCGGAGAGGAGGGCGUUAAAUACUACUUCCUCAUGUCCAAAUGCUGGUUUAAGGCACUCCUGGGAUUGGGAGUGAUCUUCACAUGUUGCUGCUGCUUUUUCUGCUGUUGCUGCUGUUGCGGUAAAUGUGGCGGUUCAGAGAACGAAGAUCAUUUUCACUAUGUGGAUCCAGAUGAGCUGGAGGCGGAGAUGUCAGAGGAGCAGAACAGAGGCAAUGACACAGUAAUAACAGGACAGCCUAUUCCCAGUCCAGCACCUGGAAAUUCAGGAAGCACUGUGAUUGUAGGAAUGGCCAUUCCUGCCCACUCAGGUGUAUAUCAGCAUAAGUUAUUAGCAUUAGCACGUUAA